AUGUCGGAGCGUUCGCAGGCCAAGUCCAACCACGUUUCCCGGUGUCCACUGGAAAAUGCCGAAGCCCGCUGGACGCGAUUGGUCAAGACCACAUAUACCGACCCCCUCGGGGUUGAGAGGACCUGGGAGUCUGCGGAACGGCAGACUCGCCCCGCCAAUUGCGAGAUCGAUGGCGUAGGGAUCGUCACUAUCCUCAACAAGCCCACGGGGCCUGAACUGCUGCUGCAAAAGCAAUAUCGUCCGCCGAUUGACAAGGUUGUCAUCGAGGUGCCGGCCGGCCUGAUCGAUGCCGGUGAGACUCCGGAGCAGUGCGCGGUUCGCGAGCUCAAGGAGGAGACGGGCUACGUGGGUGUGGCGGAGCAGACGAGCCCAGUCAUGUUCAACGACCCGGGUUUCUGUAACACGAACUUGCGCAUGGUCCACGUUCGCGUGGACAUGACUCUGCCCGAAAACCAGAACCCCAAGCCGGAGCUCGAGGAUAACGAGUUCAUCGAGUGCUUCUCUGUCCCGCUGGCGUCGCUGUAUGAUGAGACCAAAAGACUAGAGCAGGAGGGCUACGCUAUCGAUGCUCGGAUUGGCACUCUGGCUGAGGGGAUGGAGUUGAUGAAGCAGUGGAAGCUGUAA